GUCCGAACAUUCGUUUAAUUGCGAAGAAGAAUAAACAUGUCUGGACGUGGUAAAGGCGGAAAGGGUCUGGGAAAAGGUGGUGCGAAACGCCAUCGUAAAGUUCUUCGUGAUAACAUCCAGGGUAUUACAAAGCCUGCUAUUCGUCGCCUUGCUCGUCGUGGUGGAGUGAAGCGAAUUUCCGGCUUGAUCUACGAAGAGACCCGCGGAGUGCUCAAAGUUUUCUUGGAGAAUGUUAUCCGUGAUGCGGUUACUUACACCGAACACGCAAAAAGAAAGACCGUGACUGCCAUGGAUGUCGUAUACGCUUUGAAGAGACAGGGUCGUACUCUGUAUGGUUUCGGAGGUUAAACGAAAGUUUCAUGAGUUAA